AUGAUUAAUAUUUUAAUGACUGUAUUAACCAAAAAUCUUGACCGACGUCGUGAGUCAUCUCGUUUUGCUGCACGUGAUCGACGUGGUAAGGAAGCGGAUAUCUUUACGGAUCUCAAAGUAGUGAUACCAAUUGUUGAUGAAGCAACAGUUACACAUGUGGAUCGGAUUGCUAUAUUGCGGGUUGCAUUGACUCUUUGCCGGUUACGAAAAGUUGCAACGAAAUUUUUGAAAACUAAUCUCACUGAGGAACAUCGAUGUUUAUGGUCUGAAACAACAUUGCUAGAGUGUUUAGAUGGUUUUCUGGCUAUUGUUGACCUGGAUGGUAUCAUCCUAUACGUUAGUGAAAGUGUCUCCAUCUACCUCGGACUUACGCAAAUGGGUGACGAUUUUCGAGAAAGCAUUUCUACUUUAUGA